AACCAGUUCUAGUCGAGACGCCGAUGAGUGAACAUCGUUAUCGGUUCGCUCUAGCCUAGGUCUCCAGCCUGGCGUGCCGGUCGUUGUAAUACGUUAUCAUGUACUCAUAUAACGAGUGUUUAUACUAAAAGUUGAAUCGUGAUCUACUUUUUAUUACUAUUAAGCGUGUAUAGUGUGGUCAGUGACUAUCAGAAUAUACAAACAACUUCUACGAUGGGGUCUUGUUCCAAGUGUGCAAACAAAAUCAAACAUCAAAAAGAUAGGCUUACGUGCUCAACCUGUAAAUCAACUUUCCAUAUAAAAUGUGUUAAAGUUGACUUCACGAAACUCGAUAAGGAUACGUGGAAAUGCAACUCUUGUUUGGGUGAAGACUCGUCUGAUUCCAGCCACAGUGAUUCGCCGUUAUCACAAUCUAAAGACGCAAUCCUUGCGUCCAUAGCCAGUAUGCGGACAAACAUGGAAAAGCAGAUAGGUGGAGUGGCCACUAAUGUAACUGACAUUAAGAAUGAACUAGUAGGUGUCAAUAGCGCUAUCAACAAAAUGCAGGACACUCUCGCACUGCUUGCAUCUGAUAAUGAAUCACAUAAGUCGGAGUUUUUGAAAAUUAGGGAAGAAAAUGACAAGCUGAAAAAGACUGUUCAUCUUCUUGAUGACAAAAUCAAAGAUAUGGAACAGUUUAGCAGAAAAGACAACAUAGAAAUUACAGGUGUUCCGUACAACCGAGAUGAAGAUUUAUAUGGUUUGUUGGACAGAAUCGCUGCCGUUAUUGAUGUCAACUACAACAUAAACUUUAUUUCAACCGUGCACCGCUUAGGCGUGACUAACGAACGUCCCAAUCCACCUAUAAUUGUCAAGUUCAUAUCUAGAGACUACAAGUCUUCGUGGAUAGGAGCUGCACGGGCCAAUCGCAAGAAACUGACAGCUGCUUCGCUAUCCAUCAACUGGCCCCCAACCUCUGUGUACGUCAACGAGCAUCUUUCCCCAACCAACAAAUUCAUCCUGGGAAACGCGAAACGUCUCGUCCGCGAGAAAAAACUUGCAGCUGCAUGGACAAGGGAUUGCAGAAUAUACGUCAAGAAGUCUGCAGAGUCCGGAGCACCAAUCACGCUGAUCAAAACUAUUCAGCAGAUGGAGAACUUCACGACAGAUGCGUCGGUCAACGUCAGCGUCGACGCCUCGGGCUGAGGAUGAGUACAACAAUUAUAAUUUCUAUACAAUUAAACUGUGACUGGACUUUGGAUUAUGUUAAACUCUCACCUAGGAUAAGAACUCUAUAUGUUUUUUUUUUCAU